AUGAUGGACUAUUUCGACUUCAACAACCAGGAGUGGUCAACGGACGACGAGGUAGAGGGAAAGACUGGUUUGCAGACCCCGAUAGGCACGCCUAUUGAGAAGUCAGUGGCGGGCGACAUCUCGAAAGACACAACGAUGUCGGUCUCGUAUGCCUUCCAUCCCUACACGUCCUUUGAUAACCUCGCCCCGGCCUUGGUCCUCAUCUCGCAGGAUGAGGUUUUCUUCUACGUACAUCACCACCAGGUCCUCGCCGCGUCCGAUAACGGUUUUGCCAUGCUCCUCCCGUUCGAGCUUUCGCUGGACAGCCACCCUCCGAUCGUCGUGAUGAUACCCGAGCCUGCGGAUGUCCUCAACAUCAUUCUUCACACCGUCUACGGACUGUCCGCGAUGGAGUACAAGCCAUCCUUCGAGACUAUCGCCGCAACACUCAACGCGCUCCCGCGGUACGGCCUCGUGCUGAAACGAUACGUCGGCGCGGGCACACCCCUGUACGACCUCGUUGCCGCGUGUGCCUCACUACGCCCGAUCGAUACCUACGCCCUCGCGGCGGCCCACGACCUACCCGACGUUGCGAUGGCUGCGUCUGCCCACCUCCUCUCCUUCCGGCUCUCGGGGCUCACGGACGAUCUCGCGACGCGCAUCGGCUCGGUAUACCUCAAAAAGCUGUUCUUCCUGCACUUCGGCCGCAUCGAGGCCCUGAAGCACCUGUUGUUGAAUCCGCCGAGCACCCACCAAGAUACCCCGGAGUGCUCGGCAGCGCAGCAGCGAGGCCUGACGCGCGCGUGGGCGUUGAGUGCGGCUCAUAUCAUGUGGGAAGCUGGCCCUAAUUUCUCCACGCAUUUGCUGCAGGCCGCGUUGCUGCCCCUCCAAAAGGAGCUGACAUGCCCCAAGUGCACAUUGGUCCUUCGCGAUCGGAUAGCAAGCCUAGUGAUCGGUUGGGCAGGUGUAAAGGUACGGAAGACAUUGACCUCUGUGCUGUAG